AUGAGAACCCGUUUAGGCUUGUCUGGGCGCGGGAAGCAGGGCGGCAAGGCUCGCGCCAAGGCCAAGACGCGCUCGUCGCGGGCCGGGCUGCAGUUCCCGGUGGGCCGCGUGCACCGCCUGCUCCGCAAGGGCAACUACGCCGAGCGGGUGGGGGCCGGCGCGCCGGUGUACCUGGCGGCCGUGCUCGAGUACCUGACGGCCGAGAUCCUGGAGCUGGCGGGCAACGCGGCCCGCGACAACAAGAAGACGCGCAUCAUCCCGCGCCACCUGCAGCUGGCCAUCCGCAACGACGAGGAGCUCAACAAGCUGCUGGGCCGCGUCACCAUCGCGCAGGGCGGCGUCCUGCCCAACAUCCAGGCCGUGCUGCUGCCCAAGAAGACCGAGAGCCACCGCCACAAAGCCCAGAGCAAGCAAUGUCUCACAAACAGUAAAUCCAGCAAGUGACCUGCGCUUCCGGAGAAUGGAGAAAAACAAACCCACAACUGAAUCAAAGGCUCUUUUCAGAGCUGUUCACAGUUCCUGAGAAACUGCUUGGGCUUGGAGACUGCUGAUUCAGCAACGAGUAAGGAUUUAAUUGACCACAACUCUUUAUACAGGACUGCAGAAACGAUCUAGUUGAUGGUGACCGUGGCCUCUGAAGCAGUUCACCUUAAUGAGCAGUACACUUGGCAAUGGAGCUGAUAGACCUUGCCCUUCAGAGUCUGCAGAGCUGCUACCUAGCGGGCUGCUGGGGGUAGAAGUGCCAUUUUCCAGGGGUGGGGGAACGGAGCCAGCUUAGAUGCGGGCUGUUGUGACCACCCAAUUCCCAUGAAAAAGACUGAAGAUGUGGAAUCUUCCUGUAGGGUUUGUGUUUUAAUGAGGGUAGAGUUAGACUACACGAAGAUUAGAAGCAAAUAGCGUGCCUGCAGGAGGUCAGCCAAGGAGCUAGCAAAUCAAUAGGCAUCUAUAGGCCUAUUUUCUCAAGUGCCCACAGCAAGGGCUUUCCUUCCAUUCCAAGAGCUCUAGAUUCUUCCAUAUCCUGAAGUCUGUAACCAUGACCUGCUAAUUAGCCAAAACCUAAAAGGCACAAAUAUUUCACGCCCAUCUGUGAAAAACAGUAAAAAGGGAUGGGAGGUAUAUUUCUCAGGGUGUUCUAUCUCAAAAUGCCUGAUACCAUUUUGAUAGUAAAAAUCCUAGCAGCAAUAUUCGAGUCUGUAAGGUGACAAGGCAACUUUCUAUCAAUUAUUUGAGAA